AUGCCUACAAAUGAAGAAGUUCGGAAAUUUCUGUAUGAUGAGGGGAUGAAACAGCGUAAAAAGAUAUUCGGGGAUGCGUUUGUUGAUAACGCACUUUCCGGAAUCUCGGAUUUUUCACGAGCCGGUCAAGAAUUGGUGACUGAGGCAGCUUUUGGAACGAUUUGGACACGUCCGGGCCUCUCGCAUAAGGAGCGAUCCCUUAUUUGCGUUACACUCACCGCCGCAAUGAGCAAAGAGGUGGAAUUGACUGCGCAUAUACGGGGAGCGUUAAACAAUGGACUGACAGAAGAGGAGUUGAACGAAUUUAACCGAAUUACAUCAUUGUAUGCUGUCAGGGAGGUUAUGUUGCAAAUUAUGGUAUACUGUGGUGCACCAGUGGGGAUGGUUGCUUUCCGGGUCGCUGAUGCUGCGAUUCAGAAGUGGAAGGCCGAGCAAGGAAAAUGA